AGCUAGAGGGUUGUGAACUUGUGUGAUUUGUUGCCACGUGCAGCUGUGGAGGCCUGGUCGUUUUGGGGUACUUAAGGCAGAGAUUGAUAUGUUCUUGUUUGGAAUUGGCAUCAAAGGUUAUGGGAAGAAGGCCAGGAACUGGGGUUGAGGAAGAGAAAAAAAAGGAUCAGCCAUGAUUGAGUGGCGGAGCAGACUCGAUGGGCCAGAUGGCUUAAUUCUGCUCCUAUGUCUAAUGGUCUUAUGGUAAUCUGUGGUCCACAUCACAGCUACUGUUGGAAGACCUAUAUAUAACUGCCAUCAGGGUCCUUUUACCCUUGCAGUUUCUUAACUUAACCCACAAGAAUUAAACAUCUUCUGAUCCUAUAUCACAUUUUUCUACUAAUUUGAUGCUAUUCUUUACCAGUUGAGCCACACCACCCUCUCUGCCUACCUGCCUAUCCCUCUGAUACAGUGUGUAACCUUGGACAUUCAGCUCCCAACUCCAACCAUCCUUCAUCCGUGAUUCAGUGAUGGCCACAAUAUCAUACCUGACAAUCUGUAAUAGUGCGACAAGGUCAUCCACCUUAUUUCUUAUACUUCUUGCAUUGAGAUAUAACACUUUGAGUAUUGUAUUUUCUACACUUUUUGAUUCUGCAUCCCUAAUGCAUUGAUACUUAUCCUGCUGGCUACAAUUUUGCCCUAUCAUCUGCCUGCUCUUCCUGACAGUCUGACUGCAUGCUAUCUUUGUUUUUUUACCAUCUGUCCUAUCCUGAGCCCCUUCAUUCCAGUUCCCACCCCCCUGCCAAAAUAGUUUAAACCUUCCCCAACAGCUCUUACAGACCUGCCCACGAGAAUAUUGGUCCCCCUUGGGUUCAGGUGCAACCCGUCACUUUUGAGCAGAUCCCACUGAUCUAAGAACUUGAAGCACUGCCCCCCGCCCCCGCACCAGCUUCUCAGCCACACAUUAACUUGCAAAUCAUCCUGUUUCUACCCUCACUGGUGUGUGGCACAGGCUGCAAUCCAGAAACUACUACCUGGGAAGUCCUGCUUCACAGCUUUCUGCCUGGCUUUCUAAAUUCUCUUUUCAGGAUCCAUUGCUUUUCCUUCCUAUGUCAUUGGUACCAAUAUGUACCAAAACAUACGGCCUCUUUCCCUCGCUGUCCAAAAUGUAGAUGCGAUCUGAGAUGUUCCUGACCCUGGCAACUGGGAGGCAAUGUACCAUCCAGGGGUCCCAUUCACAUCCACAGAAUCUCCUGUCUGUUCUCCUCACUAUCGAGUUCCCUAUCACUACCGCUCCCCUCUUCUCCCUCUUUCCCUUCUGCACCAUGGACUUGCGCUCAAUGUCAGUAACCCGCUGUCUGUAGCAUUCACCUGGAAGGUCAUCCUCCACAACAGUGUCAAAAGCAAUAUACUUAUUUUUGAGGAGUAUGGCCACAGUGGUGCUCUGUGCUAACUACCUAUUCACAUUUCCAUUUCUCCAGACAGUCACCCAGCUACUCGCCUCCUGCAACUUUGGGGUGACUACUUCCCUGUAAUUCUGAUCAGUUAUCUCCUCACUCUCCCAUAUAAGCUGAAGGUCAUCCAGCUGCUGCUCCAGAUCCCGAAUGCGGUCUUCAAGGAGCUGCAGCUCGAUGCACUUUACGAAGAUGUCGUUCUCUGAGAGACUCUCGAUCUCCUAGGUCUCCAACAUCCGGCAUGAAGAACAGACUGCAGUACCUACACUAGGUACAGUAAGAGGGGAAAAAGGGAACCUUAACAGAAGCUUACCCUGAACCAACACCUCUUGAGCUGAAGCUUCUGUUAAGUCAAAGCCUGACACUCUUAUUCUUACCACUGGCGUACUCCCAACAAUGGCCACCCUACUUGUCCCUUCUGUACUUGUAAACAAUCAUUGCCAACCUGCAAGAACCCUCAUCACUGUGGCCUGCUACUGCUGCUGAUUGGACUGUCGGAAUAAGUCUGAACGCCCGCCAAGCUCUCCUUUUAAACAAGUGUCACUGACCUGUGUGAAAUCUCGUUGGUGUGGUCUGCUUCUGCCACUGAUUGGACCGUCGAAAUAAGUCUGAAUGCCCACAAAGCUCUCCUUUUAAACAAGUGUCACUGACCUGCGAGAAAAGUUGUGGCCUUCUCGAUCAUCUGGUGAUCACAAUGCCAUUAGUUUCAAAGAGAAGGACACAGAGUCUAUAGAAGUGAGGCAAAGUAUGUGUCUACAAAGACUUGCUGUACGUUCCCAAACCAAAAGCUAUGGAUGAACCAGGAGAUACAUCGUCUGCUGAAGGUUAGAUCUGUGGCAUUCAAGUCUAGCGACCCAAUGCUGUACCAAAAAAAAACAGGUAUGAUUUGCGGAGGGCUAUUUCAAAGGUGAAGAGACAAUUUCAAAUUAGGUUGGAGGCGACAUUGGAUGCAUGGCAACUCUGGCAGGGUCUACAAGACAAUACUUCCUACAAAGCGAUAACAUGAAUGACAGCGUUGCUUCACUCAACAGCUUCUAUGCCCGCUUUGAAAGGGAGAACACAACUACAGCUGUGAAGAUCCCUGCAGCACCUAAUGACCCUGUGAACUCUGUCUCAGAGCCCAAUGUUAGGCUGUCAUUGAAGAGAGUGAACCCUCGCAAGGCAAAAGGUCCCAAUGGAGUACCUGGUAAGGCUUUGAAAACCUGUGCCAACCAACGAGCAGGAAUACUCAAGGACACUUUCAAUCUCUCGCUGCCACAGGCGGAAGUUCCCACUUGCUUCAAAAGGGCAACAAUUAUACCAGUGCCUAAGAAGAAUAAUGUGGGCUGCCUUAAUGACUAUCGCCCAGUAUUACUCACAUCGACAGUGAUGAAGUGCUUUGAGAGGUUGGUCAUGACUAGACUGAACUCCUGCCUCAGCAAGGACCUGGAUCCAUUGCAAUUUGACUAUUACCACAAUAGGCCAAUGGCAGACACAAUCUCAAUGGCUCUCCACAUGGCUUUAGAACACCUGGACAACACAAACACCUAUAUCAGGAUGCUGUUCAUCGACUAUAGCUCAGCAUUUAAUACCAUCAUUCCCACAAUUCUGAUUGAGAAGUUGCAGAACCUGGGCCUCUGUACCUCCCUCUGCAAUUUGAUCCUCAACUUCCUAACCGGAAGACCACAAUCUGUGUGGAUUGGUGAUAACAUAUUCUCCUUGCUGACAGUCAGCACUGGUGCACCUCACGGUGUGUGCUUAGUCCACUGCUCUACUCUCUAUAUACCCUUGACUGUGUGGAUAGGCAUAGCUGAAGUACCAUCUAUAAAUUUGCUGAUGAUACAACCAUUGUUGGUAGAAUCUCAGGUGGUGAUGAGAGGGUGUACAGGAGUGAGAUAUGCCAACUAGUGGAGUAGUGCCACAGCAACAACCUGGCACUCAACAUCACUAAGACGAAAGAGCUGAUUGUGGACUUCAGGAAGGGUAAGAUGAAGGAACACAUACCAAUCCUCAUGGAGAGAUCAGAAGUGGAGAGAGUGAACAGCUUCAACUUCCUGGGUGUCAAGAUCUCUGAGGAUCUAACCUGGUCCCUCGUGUAAUAAGCCAGAUUUAAUAAGGGACCUUGAGGUAAAGGAGUCAUUGGGAGGUAGUGACCAUAAUAUGAUAAGUUUUAAUCUACAAUUUGAGAGGGAGAAGGGAAAAUCGGAAGUGUAUUACAGUUGAACAAAGGGGACUAUGGACUCAUGAGGGAGAAGCUGGCCAAAGUUGACUGAAAAGAUACCCUAGUAGGGAUGACAGUGGAAUAACAAUGGCAGAUAUUUCUGGGAAUAAUACAGAAGGUGCAGGACCAGUUCAUUCCAAAGAGGAAGAAAGAUUCUAAGGGGAGUAAGGGGUGACCGUGGAUGACAAGGGAAGUCAAGAACAGUAUAAAAAUAAAUGAGGAAGUAUAAUAUAGCAAGGAUCAGCGGGAAGCCAGAGGAUUGGGAGACUUUUAAGGAGCUACAGAAGAUAACUAAAAAGGCAAUACGGGGGGAAAAGAUGAGGUACAAAGGUAAGCUGGCCAAGAAUAUAAAGGAGGAUAGUAAAAGCUUCUUUAGGUAUGUGAAGAGGAAAUAAUUAGUUAAGAUCAAAGUUGGGCCCUUAAGACAGAAACUAGUGAAAUUAUGGGGAACAAGGAAAUGGCAGACAAGCUGAACAGGUGCUUUGGAUCUGUCUUCACUAGGGAAGACACAAACAAUCUCGCAGAUGUAAUAGUGGCCAGAGGACCUAGGGUAAUGGAGGAAUUGAAGGAAAUUUGCAUUAGGCAGAAAAUGGUGUUGGGUAAACUGAUGGGACUGAAGGGUGAUAAAUCCCCAGGACCUGAUGGUCUGCAUCCCAGGGUACUUAAGGAGGGGGCUUUAGAAAUCGUGGACACAUUGGUAAUCAUUUUCCAAUCUUCUAUAGAUUCAGGAUCAGUUCCUGCGGAUUGGAGGGUAGCUAAUGUUAUUCCAGUUUUUAAGAAAGGAGGGAGAGAGAAAACAAGCAAUUAUAGACCAGAUAGUCUGAUAUCAGUGGUGGGGAAGAUGCUGGAGUCAAUUGUAAAAUAUGAAUAGGAAUAAGGAACCUUGGUUCUCAAGGGAUAUUGCAACUCUGAUAAAGAAGAAGAGGGAGUUGUAUGAAAUGUAUAGGAAACGGGGUAAAUCAGGUGCUUGAGGAGUAUAAGAAGUGCAAGAAAAUACUUAAGAAAGAAAUCAGGAGGGCUAAAAGAAGACAUGAGGUUGCCUUAGCAGUCAAAGUGAAGGAUAAUCCAAAGAGCUUUUACAAGUAUAUUAAGAGCAAAAGGAUUGUAAGGGAUAAAAUUGGUCCUCUUGUUUUUUGCGUCUGUAUUUACUAAGGAAGCUGGCAUGAAAUCCAUGGAAUUGAGGGAAUCAAGUAGUAAGACCAUGGAAACUGUACAGAUUGAAAAGGAGGAGGUGCUUGCUGUCUUGAGGAAAAUUAAAGUGGAUAAAUCCCCGGGACCUGACAGAGUGUUCCCUCGGACCUUGAAGGAGACUGGUGUUGAAAUUGCGGGGGCCCUGGCAGAAAUAUUUAAAAUGUUGCUGUCUACGGGUGAAGUGCCGGAGGAUUGGAGAGUGGCUCAUGUUGUUCUGUUGUUUAAAAAAGGAUCGAAAAGUAAUCCGGGAAAUUAUAGGCUGGUGAGUUUAACGUCAGUAGUAGGUAAGUUAUUGGAGGAAGUACUAAGAGACAGAAUCUACAAGCAUUUGGAUAGACAGGGACUUAUU